CUUAUAUGUGGACAAUGGAUAAUCCUAAACCCCGGCACAGAAUGAAAAUAGUUUCGUCGAAUUCUAGCUUGAAUAUACGCAAGUGCGUUAGGUAAUCAGAAGUGUGAAUUGGAGUGUAUGGAUUCAGAAGAAUCAAUCUGGAGAGGUCGAUAAACAUAAACUCCAAUUGGUUUAGUUUUGUCGGCAAUGAGGGUUCUGCAACUUGGAUUGUUUCUUGCUCUGGCAUCUGGAUUCGCAGCCAUUUCCAUUUACAUCACCGGCCUCUCAGAUCCUUUUGUAUAUCCCAGUUAUCACCUCACAGAUGAAGACACCCAAGCAUUGCUUUCGCUGCACGACACUUUCCAGAAGUGUGUGACUGCAAAUGGACUUGGCCUAAAAGCAACCAGGGGCACAGAUUAUUGCCAAACCACAAUAAGUUUCCCCAGUGACACCAUCCCCAAAUGGAGAGAUCCCAAAACCGGUGAACUUGAAGCCCUGUCUUUUGAUUUUAAUCUAUGUGAAGCUGUGGCUACAUGGGAACAGGUGCGAAACAGUACCACUAUACUCACCAAGGAAUUCAUUGAUUCUUUACCAAAUGGAUGGGAGGAAUAUGCAUGGCGUAGGAUCAAUAAAGGAAUACAGCUCAACCACUGUGAGAACAAGACCUUGUGCAUGGAGAAACUUUCACUGGUUCUCCCUGAAACACCGCCAUACUUCCCAAGUCAGUUUAGGCGCUGUGCUGUUAUUGGUAACUCAGGAGAUCUCUUGAAAACAAAAUUUGGAAAUGAGAUAGAUGGUUAUGAAGUUGUCAUUAGAGAAAAUGGUGCUCCAACACAGAACUACACCGAUUACGUGGGUAGGAAAAGCACAUUUCGGCUUCUAAACCGAGGAUCCGCCAAAGCACUGGAUAAAGUUGUAGAGUUAGAUGAACAAAGAAAAGAAGUCUUGAUAAUAAAAACAACAGUUCAUGACAUCAUGAAUAAAAUGAUUCGGGUAUAUUUCCUUGUCAAGGGAAACCACCUUCUAAGCCCCUUACUUUGUAUUUUAAUGUCACACAUUCUAUGCAGCACUUGUAAAGCAAAUAAUUUUUGUCUUAUGCAGGAGGUUCCUAUAAAAAAUCCUGUGUACCUCAUGCUAGGUGCAUCCUUUGGGUCAGCAGCAAAAGGAACUGGACUUAAAGCUCUUGAAUUUGCUCUCUCUAUGUGUGAUUCAGUGGAUAUGUAUGGUUUCACUGUAGAUCCUGGUUAUAAAGAAUGGACUAGAUAUUUCUCUGAAUCCCGUCAAGGCCAUACCCCGUUGCAUGGUAGAGCUUAUUACCAGAUGAUGGAGUGCUUGGGGCUUAUCAAAAUUCAUUCUCCCAUGCGAGCUGAUCUAAAUCGUGUUGUAAAAUGGGUUCCAAGCCACCAUAUUAUAAGGGCUGCUAGAAUUGCAUCAGAGAAAUUACUGAGGAGAGUUGGAGCAGGAUCUGAAGAUCCGCUGGCCGCAUGUUCCAUAAUUAAGAAGCAAGUAAAAAGAAAUCUAAAUGCAGUUUCAAAGCUCAGAAAGGCUGCACUUGAUCAUUUACGGUAUGUGAAGAGAACAACCAUGUAUCCUCUAGAGCAUAGUCCUGGACAUGGGUCGCUUUGCACUGUGCCAACUGAUUAAACUGUACUUAGAUUCUGUGUUCAGCUUGUGCUGUUGGGAAGCAUCCAACCCCAUGAUUUACAAAAUUAUCCGUUUGUUUACCUUUUCCAAACUAUGUCAUUAACAUGACAAAAUGGCAAUGAAGCUUCCUACUCACCAGCGUGGUGGCAAAUCAAGGAAAUUUAUUUAAUCUUUCUCAUUCUUUUCUUCUUUCUGUUUUGAAACUUUUUAAGGACUUAAGAUUUGGUUAGGGAGAGGAUUACAGAACAGCCCGGACAAAAUUUUUAGUUGAGUUAUAACAAAUUGAGCUGUAAUGAAUACCUUUUUUCUUUUCUUUAGACAAUAAAUCUCCAUAAUUUUUGUGAGUUAAA